GGGCGGAUCAGCAGCCUGUCCGCCAGGAUGGAGGACAUCCGGGAGGUGCCUUCGCUCGAAAAGUUCCCUCUCAACCUGAAGACCCCCAAUCACGGCUUUGCACAGACGGCGCCGAUGUCGCUGGAGGACCAGCACGAGUGGCUGGAGGCGCGGCGCGUGACGCUGCUGACGCGCCUGGAGCUGGCACUUGCGCUCAACAAUUCGGUGCCCGACUGGCUGGUGGCUGAGUGGCUGCACCUUCAGAACGCCCGUGACCGGCUGCUGCACCACCGGAUCUGUCAGGACAACUGGAGCCUGUUCGUGGUCGAGCUGAGCCGUAUGCGGGCGCGGCUGGUGCUGCUGCUGCGCUGGCCCGUCUGCGACUCCUGGGACACGCACCACCUGCACCAGCUGAGCGCCGACUGGCUGCUGGUGUGUCGCCGCCUGCAGGCGUCCAGCGUCACCUCCCACCGCACGCCCUGA